CGGCAGAAGCCAGAAGCGCCAGAAGCACAGGCCAGAAGGGCGCGUACACACAACACUUCACGACUUCACGACAGAGUUAUUUCAAUUUCGAAGCACCACACUUGUGCUAUUCCUAGUGUUUGCCAAAGGAUGGAAGAAGAAGCAAGGGAUCACUCCUACUCAUUUGCUUUAGGUUGUGGUGACCAUUCUAACGAGGGAAUACAGCAUAAUCCAGCAGCUUCAUGUACUCAUCCAAAAGUCAACCUGAGCAACCUGCUUCGAUGUGUUUAUGAGGUGCUCAAGACCAACAAGUCGGCAAGUGAACUACCAGAGAUGGUUGCUUUGAGGAAUGAACAUGACCAAGUGAUCUCCUUCUGUCAAGAGAACUUUUGUAACAUCGUUUUGGACGGGGCUGUGUUGUUUGACAGGUAUCUUACUCGAGAGCUUGGGAAAGACAUUAGAGCAGCUUAUUACUAUGGGCUAGUAUUUGUUCGAUGUCGAGACUUUGAAGAUGCGGUCUAUGUUACAUUCAUAAAAAAUAACCAGCUGAUGAUUAGGUAUCUUGUUUCGUAUAAGCGGGGAUUGCCAUGCACAUUUGCAGAUGUUCUCAACAAUAAGCUUGAAAAGCUUUCCAUCAUAGAUUCCUGCAAACUGGUCUCGGUGACUGUAGACAGAGACUGCUUUCACUGCAAUGAAAUUGAUGCCAUCUUGCACAGUAAGAAGGACAGGGUGAAUGACUUCCUUGAGUUCCACUGUGUUAUCUACAAGUUAGAGUCCAUGUUGGGUUAUGCUCUCCAGAAAUCAAUGGUGGAUGACCCUCAUGUUUCCAUCAUUGCGAACUUGUGUAACAUGCUCAAAAACCUUGCCCUUGCAGAUGAUCUCAACCUCGGUGACGUCAUGUUUCAUGGCUCUGAGUGCUCGACGUACACAUUCUUUAACUACAAGACGUUGGACACUAUACAUAACCACUGGCUCGACAUAGUCACCAAAUUGAACAAAAUACUGGUCGACUCGCUGGUGGAGGAUGACCGUCAGGUGAUUUCAUUUAUUCUGGAAACACUCAAGUCGACCACCUUCAUUGUUAACCUUGCUUUUUACCUCGAACUGUUCCGUUGUCUGCAUGACUGGACUCGCAAAGUGGUCAACCUGGGCAUCCCUACUUAUCAGGUGAUCAACGAGCUUGAGGGAGUCUCGUGCACCAUCCGACACCACACAUCCACGGGUGGAUCUAAAGUAGAAGAAGUGCGUGAAGAACUCCAGCUUGACAUUGGAAGGUACAAAGGGGUGCCCAUUAAAUGCGACUUGGAUGAGGCAGUCCUGGUCUCCACUAUGGAGAGGGUGUGUGGCCUGAUGUCUGACAUCCUCGAUGACAUAGUCCAGAGAUCCAGCAGGACCAUAAAAACCCUGAGCAUUCUGGACUCGAAGACAUGGCCGGUCGACACCUGCGACUUAGAUGCAUUCGGCUUUGACUCAGUGAAGAUGCUAGCAAGAGAAUACCAGCACUCCUUGUUAGAAAACAUUGAUGUUUUCCAGGAGUGGGGCUCUUAUAAGCGCACUGUGCUGAACUCCUUUGUGAGGGACCUGAGGGAGAACUUUGAUGCUAUUGCCCCAAGAAUGGUUUCCUCUUUUCGAGGCCUCUACCCUGGCAUUGUCACGCUUCUGAGUUCUGUAAGCCUCUUGUGCCCUGCUUCCAAGGUGCUUCAGGCGCAGUCCCAGUCCUUGCUUGAAGGGGACCAGACCGAAGAGCUCAUGACCAUAAGGGUCAAUGGUCCGCCUCCAGGGUCAUUGUCCGUGGCGGCUGUUGGACUUGACCUGCUGGAGGAACAUGGCAUUGAACGGAAAGCGGGAGUUUCAGACAGCAGUGCUGACUGCCUCCUCCCACUCGAUGUUGUAAGGAAAAUCUUUAAUAGUGCCUGACAUUCCUCUAGCUGUUAAUAUUAUUAUGCUAUCAGCCGCAGAGAACUAUCGUAGCAACCAUGCUUGAGAAACAUGCCUUUAUAGUUCCUUAAUAAAAUGUUUAUGUAUUA